CACAGGGAAUGUUUUCCUAGAGAUGUCAGCCUACAAAGGACACAAUCUCUCUUCUUCAAAUUCCUCCCCAAAAUGUCCUUUCCAAACAGCUCUCCUGCUGCAAAUACUUUUUUAGUAGAUUCUUUGAUCAGUGCCUGUAGAAGUGACAGUUUCUAUUCUAACAACGCCAGCAUGUACAUGCCACCUAGCUCAGACAUUGGGACUUAUGGGAUGCAAACCUGUGGACUGCUACCAUCUCUGGCAAAAAGAGAAGUCAAUCACCAAAACAUGGGUAUGAAUGUACAUCCCUAUAUACCUCAAGUAGACAGUUGGACAGAUCCGAACAGGUCUUGCCGAAUAGAGCAACCUGUUACACAACAGAUCCCCACUUGUUCCUUUCCUACAAAUAUUAAGGAGGAAACCAAUUGCUGCAUGUAUUCAGAUAAGAGAUCAAAAAUCAUUUCUUCAGAAGUGCCAUCAUACCAGAGGCUCGUCUCUGAUAACUGUUCUGUUGAUAACUCUGAGGUCCCCGUCCCAGGAUAUUUUAGGCUGAGCCAGACCUACGCCAGUGGGAAACCCCAAGAGUACAAUAAUAACCAAGAAACCAGUUCAUCCUUAAUGUUACAGCUAAACCCCCGCGGCAGCUCCAAACCUCAGCUAUCUUCUCCACAUCAGAUGGAUAAGAAAAUGAAUGAAAACCCGGGCAGCCAAGACUCUUCGAAAGUCUCUUCUGUGGAGAGUCCCGAGUCCAAAUCUGCCCUGCAGGAGGACAGAAGUUGCCUGGCUGAGGUGUCUGUGUCCAGUCCAGAAGUACAAGACAAGGAAAGUAAAGAGGAAAUCAAGUCUGACACCCCAACAAGCAAUUGGUUAACUGCAAAGAGUGGCAGGAAGAAGAGGUGCCCGUACACUAAACACCAGACAUUGGAGUUAGAGAAAGAAUUCUUGUUUAAUAUGUAUCUGACUCGAGAGCGCCGCCUAGAGAUCAGUAAGAGCGUCAAUCUCACUGACAGGCAGGUCAAGAUCUGGUUUCAAAAUCGCAGAAUGAAGCUAAAGAAGAUGAGCAGAGAAAAUCGAAUUCGUGAACUGACCGCUAAUUUGACUUUUUCUUAAAGCCCACCAAACUAUGUUCAACGUUUGCCACAGCAUCAGCCAUUGUACAGAAGCAGGAGAGACUAUUCAAACCAUGUCACACCUUUUCCUGUGAUCUAGAAUGUGAUUCUCGUCAUUUUUUAGUGCUGCAAGUGUCUAUAUGUACUUCCAUGAGUAUAUAAAUAAUAAUAAAAGAUCUAGCACAUGUAAUUUAUUUUUUUUCACCGUAUGGCAGGGUACAAUGAAGAAAGUUUAUCAUGUCGUCUUAAAUUAUUGGGACUGUUCAAGAUAUCCAAGCAAUGUGACUUUUUCAUGUUUUUUUCUAAAAUGCUUUUUUCUGUAUGUUACUUUAUGGACCUUGGCAGUUUAACCUUCAUGAAUAUUCUUAUUGACUUUCGGGGGAAGAAAAAGCACAUUUUCUGUAAAUGUCUGCUCCAAAAAA